AUGUCUCCCGUCCCAUUUCUUGUGGCAUACGAUUUUGAAACGUUAUGCACACCGGUAGAAGAAGAGGAAGAAGAAGGAAAGAAGAAGGGAGGGAAUGAGGGAGGGAAGAAAACCCAAAGGACGAAUGUGCACAUUCCCUUUUGUUAUGGUGUGGUGGUUGUCGAUUCCCAAGGGAAUUUGUUGCGGGAGCCUAUUGUCUACUCGGAUAGUGAUCCCGAGAAACUCAUUCAUCACUUUCUUGAUACCAUCUUUGACAUCGAGCAAGAAUGUUUCUCUAAAAGACCCAACUAUCCAAUCAACAUGACCGAGCAGCAGGAGAAGGACUUUAAAAAUGCAGACACUUGCUGGAUCUGCCAAAAAGGCUUUACAGAUCCCGAAGAUCUCAAGGUGCAUGAUCAUUCUCCACUCCUGGAGCAUUCCAAUCUUAUGGGCGCAGCUCACAGAUCGUGCAACAGCUUUCGUUCGAAAGCCCUUUUCCUUCCUGCCAUAUGUCAUAACUCAGCAAAAUUUGAUCUGCAUAUGAUCAUGAAGUAUGCAAGCACCCAUGAAAAAUUUAGAAGUUGUGACAUCAACAUUUUGCCCCGUAAUAUGGAGGUAUAUAGAACUAUGACCUUGGUUAUAGAAAAGAAGGCCAAGCGCGAGAUCAGAUUUUUAGAUAGUUAUCAACAUUUCAGCACAAAUCUCAGUGACCUCUUGGAAAGCUUGACAGACGACAAUUGGUUUCUUCUGCGGCAAGUCUUCCCUGAAGAGGAGAAGCAAUCCUUGCUAAAGCAGAAAGGAGUCAUGUGUUAUGAUUUCCUCACCACUUUUGAGAGGGUAAAAAAUCAAAAAGAACUACCAGAGAGAGAGGCCUUCUACAACCGUCUGAAACAAGAAGCGGUCAGCGAAGAGGAUUACCAGAGGGCAGAAAAGGUGUGGAACGUUUUCGAGUGCGAUUCACUGCUGACAUAUACUGAAUUAUAUUGUUUGACAGAUGUGAUCGGGCUUAUGGCAUUCUAUCUUGAGUACAGAAAGGUCACAGCUCUCGCCUUCAAUUACGAAGUCAGCCAUUUUGUAAGCACACCAAGUUUAAGCUUGGCGUGUGCGAUAAAAAAAUCAAAUUGUCAGAUACCGCUCAUAACUUGCCCAGAUACAUUUUUAAAAUUUGAAAAGAGUAUCCGUGGUGGUUUGUCUGGGGCCGUGCUACGGCAUGCCAAGGCCAACAAUAGAUUCACUCCUGACUUUAAUAAAGAAGAAGAAAUUUCUCAUAUAUUGUAUGCAGAUGUAAAUGCCUUGUAUUCGUAUUGCCUCGCGGGAUCCAUCCCGGCGGGCGAGUUCACUCGUUUGUGUGCUGAAGAAUGUGCAGCUUUGGAUUUGAGAGAGCUUCAUGAGAGCUCGUAUGCAGCUCUGCUUGAAGUGGACCUGGCCUAUGGCAUUCUGCCCGGCGAGACAUCACACCAUGAGGACUGGCCGCUAGCUCCCACACACAUAUGUCCGGACCCGGCAUGGUUUUCAGAAUAUCAGAAGAGAGUGGCCGAUGCAACUGGAUUUAACCAGGCACAGAAAACCAGAAAGCUCAUGAGUGUCAUAGGGCCGAGGAAAAAUUACCUGAUUCACUCUACGUUGCUAGAGUUUUAUUUGGAAAAGGGAAUGGAGGUCACCCGUUUUCACGGGGGCAUAAAAUACAGGACGGAGGAAUGGCUUAAGUCCUAUAUCGAUUUUCUUAUGAAUCAGAGGCGAGAGGCCACAACUUCCUUCAUGUCGUCUUACUGGAAAUUAAUGGCAAAUUCCCUUUAUGGCAGUUUUCUUCGUCGGCCUAGAGCUGACCGCACUAUAAAAAUAUGUCAGACUGAGGAAGAAUUUUUGAAAUUGACAAGCAAAGCAAGUUACAAAGGCUUCCGUAUUUUUUCUAAAGAUAUGUGCGCUGUAGAGAGUCUGAAAAAGGUAGUUAACUUGUGUCAGCCCAUUUUCGUCGCGAGUGCGAUUCUUGAUUAUUCCAAGCUCCAUAUUACCAAGUUAUUUUGGGAGAUGAAAACUCAUUUUUCUAGUCAAAAGGAUAAGAAAAUGGAGGUCAUUGCAUUUGACACUGACUCGAUUUUGUGCAAAGUCACUACACCUGAACUGGACAAAGAUUUAAAAGAAUUGAGUUACAUGUUUGAUUUUUCUUCUCUGCCCAAAUGGCACCCACUCUAUGACACGAGCAGGGAUCGUGUGCCUGGAUACUUAAAAAUUGAGCUGGGAAAACAGACCAUCACCGAAAUGGUCGCCAUCAAAUCAAAAUGUUACGCCAUCAAUUAUAUUCCACUGCCCACAGAAAAUCCAGACAUUGUCCAUCCAGCGUCCAUGCCAGGGCCGAGCUCAGCCCCGGGUAUCGAGCAAGAUCUCCAAAUCAUGAGACGAUGCAAAGGUAUCCCGGCUAGCGCCCUAAACAAGCACACUGCAUUUUCAGAUUAUAAAAAAUGUGUCUUUGAAGGUUUAACAAAUGAGAUCUCAUUUUGUGCCAUCAAGAGUGAUGGUGAACACAACGUGUACACUGUAAACCAAAAGAAGAGGUGUCUGUCGGCAUUCGAAAAUAAAAGAAAAAUACUCGCGGAUGGCAUCAAGACCCUCCCCUACUGCGUGGGGCUCGAUGGCUGUGAAAUGCCGUGGCCGGAAGAGAGAGAUCCGGGUGCAGAAAAUUUAAAAGGGCUCGUUGAACUCAUGGACCUUGAGGAAGAAAAGGAUGAAGACGAGGGGGCAUGCAAUUUAAGAGAGCUGAUUGCUCUGAUGGAUUCGGAAAUGUAUGACUAA